AUGGAUAUUUAUAAGAAUGAAAUAUUAAAAAAUAUUCGACCAAGAUAUAUAGUUUUGUCUGGACCUACAAGUGUGGAGAAAACGAAAGAAGAUAUUCAAAAAUUCGAAUAUGCAUUAUUAAACACUUAUCAUAAACGUAGAAUUGAAAUCGAAAAUUCAAGAGAAGAUUUUGUAAUAGUCGAUCGUGAAGUUUUUGAUGGUGAUAUUUAUAAAGAGAAAUAUGGAUUUGAAUUAGAUAUUAUAGAAAAAGAACAUAUUGAAUUCAAAAAAUCUAUGUUAGUUUUUGUAAUAUUAUGUUCCGAUAAAAAUUUUGAAAGGAAUUAUUAUAAAAGAAAAAAGAAAGAUCGAAAAUAUACUCUUAGUGAAAGUAAAGAAAUUCUUAAAUUAUAUAAAGAAAAGUUUAAAAGUAAUAUUUGUGAUGAUACAAUAGUUAUUAAUAAUGAUAGUACUAUAGAAGAUAGUGUUAAUGAUAUUAAGAAAUAUAUUAAUUCAUUUUUA